AUGGCGGAACUAGCGGACUACGCAACAGGCUUCAAAAUAUUUCUGGCACAAAGUGACGUCGAAGGAGUGAGCGACAUUGUAGACUGGUCAGUGUAUGGACGCAACCAGCUGUUGCGGGCACCAUACGCUGUAAAAGUAACGACGCAUGAUUUGAACGGUAAGCGUACGUACAGCAAUGUUGACGGGUCGGUAUUGAAGAUUUUGGGCGGUGGAGAAUGUUCCGUGUCAAUGUCCACCAUGACGGCCACGCAUGCGUCUGUAAUCUGCUGUCCGGAUAUAGAUGUUGAUCCUGCUCAUACAGCAAAGCCGGUCCUAAAUGCACCCAAACCGAGUGUGACUGAUGUGGUAGCGUCGAAGACCGGUCCUAAAGAAAUAGGCCUGGGGAUGUCGGACAAGCUGUCAUCAGACGAGAUUGCUGUCCAUGAAGUGUCAAUCAGAACGCGCUUUUGUUUUGGUCGGUGCAGAGUCAGAGAUAUUCAUACCAAGGCCUGCCUUCCAGUGGAGACGGCUCGGGAUUAUUUUAAGUUUACUGGACUUGUGAAGUCUAUUUUCGGGUAUGAGCACGGGUGGACAAUUUUCACAACUUAUGUAGCGCGUUCAGAUUACUACAAUGAGAAUGCAGAAAAGGUUGAGCAGUCGUGUCGUUCACAAUACAAUGACAUGCGAUAUCAGACUAACGACGGCAUCCUUGUGCACAACAUAAUGAUGCGAAAGUUGAAGGCCACUGAGCUUAAGCAGAAGGGUAUUUUUAAGUUCUAG